AUGCCGUCUUCUUCGAGGUCCGACAGCGUGAAGAACCAGAAGCUCGACAAUGAUAGCUUCGUUGCCUUCGACCACGCCGCGGCUGGACACGACGGCGUCCGGUGCACACCCUCCGGCUCUUUUAUCGCGAAGCCCUGCACGGCCCAAGAAAUUGCCUUCUACGAAUCGACUGCUGCCCACCCUGCCUUUCACGAAUUUAUUCCUACUUAUAUCGGGACAUUAAGCUCCGCUGACCAACAAGAACCAUCUGCUGCUCUCACUGCCGCUGCGGCUACUCAGCAAGGAGCCAUCGUCCUGCCCGCCGCGGAGAACUCGCCUGCUUCGGGACCUCCGGCUACAAGUGCAUCUACCGGUCCAACUUUAACAGGCGAGCCGAAGACAGGCGAUGCGACAGGCGACGCAUCGUGGACACCAUCCGCAGGGACAGGGAAGAAGCUGGACACAGGGUUGUCGAUUGUUCUAGAAAAUGUUGCGUCUGGCUUCAAACGACCCAACGUUUUGGAUGUGAAGCUCGGGGCAAGACUUUGGGCUGAUGAUGCCAUUCCCGCAAAGAGAGCGAAGCUGGACGCAGUGUCUAAGGAGACAACCAGCUCUUCUCUUGGGUUCCGAAUUGCGGGGAUGAAGGUAUGGACUGGUGUCAACGGUGAGGCGGACGAAGGGAGUAAGACAAAUCCCUACAUCACACGUUAUGGACAGUCGGGAGGCACAAAGGGAGAAGUGAUCGAGCAGGAUGGCUUUAAACGCUACGAUAAGUGGUAUGGUCGCUCCUUUACUGCCGACAACGUGAAGAGUGGACUGGAAACGUACCUCGCGGGAGCAAAAACCGCUGAAGCAGACCAUUCGACGCUGGUCGCUAGGCGGCUAGCGGAUGGGCUGAGACGUGUGCAACAAAUAUUGGAGUCAGAAGAAAGCCGCAUGUAUUCCUCGAGUGUGCUGAUAAUCUAUGAAGGCGACCCGGAAGCCAUGGAACUGGCCCUGGAAGAUGAGAAGAAGGCAAAAGAGGCCCCUCCAAAAACAUCAGAUGUGGAGGAGGAAGAGGACGAUGAAUUCGAUGGGUUCGAGAUUCAGGACGGUGGUGCGUUUGAGAUAGCCGACCUUCCAGUUGGCGAGGAUGGAGCACCCAAUCGAACCAUAAACAUAAGCAUUGACCCGGAAACCAUCCAGUUGGGAGAUCUUGAAGAUGAAGAGGACGAAGAAGAGGGACCGAAGGUGCAUGAUCUCCGUCUGAUUGAUUUUGCCCAUGCCAGCUGGACUCCUGGCCAGGGACCAGACGAGAAUGUGCUUGUUGGAGUGCGAAAUCUUGUUCGCAUAUUCGAAGAAUUGUCGACGGACUAG